UCUUGCCCUGCACACAGUGAAACAUGAUCGGAUUGGACUAUCUUAAUUUCCUAGCCACCCAUUUGGUUAGCACGAGGCUUUAGAAGGCAGGGUAGCUCGUAUUGAUUGCAAGUACUGAUAUCACAGCCUGAUGCUAGUGGUGAUAUCAGAUCUCAUGGCCCCUCAGCCGUGAACGCAUACCUGCGUGUCCAGCGGGCCAACUGUAUGAUGUGAACUCCAGUCGCACUAUCAUUGGAUCUCCUGGAGCCUUCCUCCACACGUGUAUAAUAUACUAUGUGGGCCACUCGUCCGGUGAUCUUCCCCGAUUCAAAUGUGGGUUUUCUCCCGUCUGCGGUUCAGCGAAACUUCCCUCAUACGCAGCGCCCUCACAGAUGAGAAGCUUGUUAAAAUUCAGUUUCACAUCGAGCUGCGGCAAUACAGGAGCGUCUCACAAUCGGCUGAAGAUGGUCAUGUCGAGUUUUAUCCUCUCAGUUCGCCGAAGUCACUGAAAGACGUUGCGUGGCGAUUGCCCUUUGGUAAAGUCGCAUGUUUCACAGCGUGUUAUGCCCUGGUACCAUCGUCAAGCCAUUGAAGGUUGCCAGAAAACACACUUUUCCUUUCUGUAAGGUCCGCAGGAACGCCGGCAGAGUACUAAGACUGGCGUGUAUGUAUCCGCUGACUUAACACCCUACACGAGACUAGGGUCUGAACUAGAGUCGGCUAGUAGGCGUGUUGUAGUUAGAACCACCACUGCAAGCUGUUUAUGCAGAGCACAGUGGUGACAAGCGACAUUCAAGUGCGGGCUGAGUACCGCCUUCGUUCAGCUAAGAGGACGUCCUCUUGCCAGUUUCCCUCUCUGUCUUGCUCUAUCUUGGCCUACCCAGUCGGGAGGCCAAGCUGCCGGCCGACACGAUUGAGCCGAAACAUCAUCUUCACGACCAUCCGCAUCACCACCAGCUGCAACACCAUCACGAAAACCGGCGGCAGCAUCAGCAGCAGCAACACGAGUCUCACGACCACCACCACAAGGAACAGAGGAUGAAGGACGACGACUGGGCUGGGCUAGUAAAAAUAGAACAGCAGCAUCAGCACCUAAAGAAUCAGUUGAAGCAGCCCGCACCACCGCCGCUGCAGCAAAUCCAGGCGCAUCAGCCCCAGCCUCGCCUGCCACCAGCACCUUUGGAGGACCUGGGCGGUGGAUUCAGCCCCAACAACCGGAUACUGGAAGACUUCAUGUACCAGCGUGGCACUGAAGCGUCUCCAGUCCAUACGUCGGCGAUCCAAGCAGGACGAUUUGUGAAUUCAAGCACCGACAGUUGCAGUAGCAGCAGUAUCGCAUCACUAACAAUGUCCUCAUCAAACAGUAUGCCACAACUGCAGUCCAUGUCCAACUCCUCUCCCAACUCUUCAUUCAGCAACCUGGCGCUGGCUGACUCCUCCAGUUUCGGCCUAGGGCUUUCGCUGCCUUCCCAACAGCUGGGUUCGAGCCCAGGAGCGAUAGUGACGGCUGCACCCGGCAUGAAUACUCCGCCUCCGACAGCCCCUGCCCAGUUGUUUCAAAUGCCGGCUGCUCCACCCAGUUCUUGGCCAUCUGCAUGGCAAGGCAGCGGUCUAAAUCCGUCCGCCCAGCCAUCCACCAACCAGAUGCUGGCAACACAGUUCACGUACCAGCCGCCAGUGCCUCCACCAGGGCAGCAGCCACGCAUGGACCCGGCCUUUCCCAAUAUGCACCAGCAGCAGCGCAUGAUGGACCACGCCAUGGCCGCCAACCCCUUCACGAGCGGAAUCUAUCAGAUCGCUCCGCAGCGGAGCGUCCAGCGCAAGGACUACCACCGAAUGGACGGCAUUCCCAUCAACAAGGUGCGUGGUGACGGCCGAAAGUGUCGUAAAGUCUACGGAAUGGAAAACAAGGACAAGUGGUGUACCCAGUGCAGAUGGAAAAAGGCCUGCGUAAGGUUUGUCGACUGAGCUACUGUCAUAAUGCAGUGGAACGUUGUACUAUCGAAGCAUUAACGAUUAUCUGGAGCUCACCUGGACCACUACGAAAACAUUUACCUAUUACGUCUUUCUGCUCCGUUGAGUAUACAUCCGUCUGCUAUACCUGUCUCUUUCAACUUGUUUAGUCAAUUGUACUGUGCUUGUUAUUGUGCGUGUUGUCCUCUUGUACGGGUACAAUGAAGAAUUCGGAAUCAUCCGUUUUCUAGAAACGCGAUGACGUUCAUUAAUAUAUGUGUUACCGUCUUCCGAAUCUGUUUUCCCACCUGAACGUCGUGUUUGACAUUUCAAUUAUCUCCCUAACUCCAACCCCGGUCUCGUCCCCCUUCCUUUCAAUACUAAAAAACCCCCAGGUGAGCCUACUAUGUCCAAGGCCCUUUACUCACUAUUUCAUAUAUCCCGCUUCUUUGCAAAGAUUAUUCGGAAUGUCCAUCCUCCUUCCGGCCAUAAUUUUAUCUAAUAAAGAGAUAUCAGAACUGGCAGUAUUUUGUUUUAUCUUCCAAUAUCAAUUAUAACUACUUUAGCACAUUCUAUGAGCCAUAGGCUCAAAUCUAUAUUUGCCGUCACAGGCGCUGCUUUUGUACAUAGCCGCCAUCAUUGUACCAUCCCCGUUGAAUGCGUCCCCUUGUCGACAGGCAAGCGAUCUUAGCGAUUUUAGGCGUUGCUUGUUAGGUAUCUGAAGCUCCACAUAUUAGGGUAUACGAUUGCAAUUGCCUGCACCAAUAGUUUUCAGAACCCUGGCGCAUGAGCCAGUGUACUUCAUGUGUCUACGCCAUUGCUUGUCAUUCUGAUAGAGUAUUUUUAAAAGGUUUCUCUAAAGGCGAAUGCAAUACGAUGGUCACCCAUGUACAUACGAACCCCUUGCGGCAGUUCCGCUCUUUUCUGGUUUUUCUGAUUCACGUUCAUCGCUGACCGCUUUUUAAAGGCGAAUGCAAGCUAUAAUUAUUGUAACAGAGGUCACUCCUGUACAUAAGAACGCUGCAUGAUAGUUCCGAUCUUUUUCCGCUUUUCGCUGAUUUCCGUUCAUCGCUGAUCGCUGAAAUUUCGCGAUAUGUGUACGCAGUAACUAUAGCACCGCACAAUACUAAUAGAGCGUAGGCUGUACGCAAUCCAGCACUCCCAUGCACUUGUCUAUCUCGUCUUCGUUCAACGUUUGAAGAAAACAUAAUGUAUAACAA